AUGGAGGAAAAAGACGGGUUGAACGGUUCUGGGUUCAGGGUAAAAGGCGAUGAAGCCCCUCAGAGCUACAGAGUCGAGCAGAGGGUUGAAAAUCCCGGCGUCCAGUUUGGCGGGUCGACUGCGCCGCCGCCUCCGGUGGUGCCAUCUCCAAACGCGGUGGUUCCGGCGCGGGCUCCGUCGACGGAGUUGAAGAAGAAAAGGGGGAGGCCAAGAAAGCAUUCAGGAGAUGGUUCUGCUGCGGCACUAUCACCCAUGCCGAUAUCUGCUUCGAUACCCUUCACCAGCGAUUACUCCUCGGCUUGGAAGAACAGUGCAAGCCGGCCGGUCGACACUUUCAAGAAAAAGCACAAGUUGGAAUUUGAAAAUCCAGGGCAACCAGUGGCAAACCCUUUUACUGGAAGUUUUAUACCUCAUAUGCUAACGGUUAACACUGGCGAGGGUCGUUUCGAAAUCCUUUCUCUAACAGGAUCAUUUAUGCCGAGUGAUAAUGGGCUGACAAAAAGCAGAUCUGGCGGGAUUAGUGUCUGUCUUGCGGGCCCCGAUGGCCGUGUAUUAGGUGGAGGAUUAGCUGGCAUGCUAGUCGCAGCAGGUCCUGUUCAGAUUGUUAUUGGAAGUUUUCCUCUUCCCGGACAACAGCAACAAGAGCAGCAAAGGCCUAGAAAACCAAAUUACGAGCAAACGAUAUCAUUCACUCCCGUUGAUGCUAAUAAUCCUAUUUUCGAACAUAGAUAUGAAGCACCAUCAUAUAACGGGCCAAAUCCAAAUUUGACAAAAUCAGCUUCUUUCAACUUGGUUAAUAUAAACUCUUCUCACAGCCCCAAAAGCACAGAUAGGGAGCCGAGCCAUGAAAUAACGUGUUGAUUAGCUUAAUUGUUGUGUUUGUUUUUUAGUUUUUACCCGUACGUUUUUCUAUCUUUUUUUAUUUUUUUUUUGGUGGUGUAGAAGUUUUUAGGCUCAUGGGUGUGUCUGUUUGACCCGAACUUAUUGUUUAUCGAUAGGUACACCAGAUUAGGAUUGUUGGUCGUUUUAGGAUAUUUUGGUGCUGUACUUGUUGAUUUUUCGUACUCUGUGUAAUGAUGUUAUUAUGUACUUUUGUAUGAAACUGGAAUUAAUGGGUUGAAAUUGCAUGCAUUAUUCAUGAAGUGAUUCGAUUCUACUGUUUGCUUCUAUGAAUGUAGGAUGUUUGA